AUGAGCCGUGCGUUACCUCAUGAUAAAGGGGAUAAUGACCCUGAGCAUCUCGAAAUUGUACAGAAUGAUGUCGCCCAACAGCACCAGACCCACUAUCGCCCCGUGGACGACGAGGAGAAAAGAAUCGACAGAAGGGUCAACCUCAAACUUGAUUUGAUCGUCGUCAGUCUUUUGGCGGUUGAAUUCAUUUUCUGUGGCAUCGACAAAACCAACAUUGGCUUCGUGGCGACCAGCUCGUUUAUCAAAGAUGCGAACCUUUCCCCUGACGAUAUCCCAAACUCCUUAUCACUUUUCUCUGCUACGUACGUGCCACUUCAGCCAUUCAUGGUGAUUCUGGCACGCCGCGUUGGCGUCAAGUACUUUUUGGGACUUCAGCUCAUCGCAUGGGGUGGACUCUGCAUGUGCCACGCCGCCAUCAAAAGCAGUGGUACGCUUAUUGCCCUUCGACUUCUAAUCGGUGCUGCCGAGUCUGGAUUCACUCAGAUCGGUAUGUUUUAUAUGUCCACGUUGUAUCCCAAGUAUGAUGUCGGCUUCCGAGUCGGGAUGUUCACGGGGAUGUACUCCGUCGCGGGGGCAUUCGCUGGAGUCUUGGCAUACGGACUUCUGAAAAUUAGCUCACCCACCAUACACGGAUGGCAAGUGGUCUUCCUAUUUGAAGGCGCUAUAACGGUUUUCCUUGGUAUCUUGACCUUCUUUAUUCUGCCCAAGAACCUUUCAACCGCCUGGCUUCUCACGACCGAGGAGCGUGCUCACGCUAUACGCCGGAUGGAGAUUGAUUUAGCGGGAACUCAGGAGGAGGGCGAUAUCGGGAGCACCGCCGUUGUCAAGCGCGAUUUCAUUGACGUCGCAAAAGAUUGGAAGAAGCUUCUCGUUGUGGUUUGCAAUAUCACAACUGUCCUUCCAGUAACGGCUUUUACGACAUUUCUGCCACUGAUAGUUCAGGGCAUGGGAUACUCUGGCAUUCAGGCAACUCUAAUGAGUGUUCCCCCGUUUGUAGUUGGUACUGUCGGCCUUCUUGUCAUCGUUUGGCUGAGCGACCAUUUGAAGGAACGCUCUAUGCAUACUGUCGGCGGCAUGUGUCUGGGUAUCAUCGGUUGCAUCGUCAUGGCUACUUCGACCAACACCCAGCUUCGAUACGGUUUCGCUCAUGUUUGCAUGGCAGGCGUUUUUGUUGGCGGUCCCCUGCUAGCAGUAUGGCUAGCAGGAAACACGCCAUGGAAGGGCACUAGAAGCGUCAUGAUGGGGAUCAAUGGAUGGUCCAACAUUGCCGGCGUUAUCGCAGGACAGGUUUUUAAAAGCAAGUAUGCGCCAAGAUACGAGGUACCUCUGAUCAUAACUAUGGUCAUUAUGGCUUGCGGCAUUUGCGGUUUGGUGUUCCUCAAAUACGCGUACAAAAUGGAGAACAGAAAGCGCGCAAUUGAGAUUGGAACGUGGGAUGAAACUCAGUUUGCAGCUGAAGCCAGAUCUGAGAUACGGAGAGGGGACCAAAGACGCACAUUCAUGUAUGGAACAUAG